UGGAGUUGUCGCCCACAAAUGUUAAUUCAGUGGAGCUACACGUGGUUUUGGUCCAGGGUAAAAGCGGAGGAGAGAGCCCAGCACAGCGAGAGACUUCCAGUGCACCACCAUGUCUCUGUACCGCAACUCUGCCUGGUUCCUGAAGGGAAUGACCGAGUUCACGAGGAAUGCCUUCCUGUCAGCCUCUAAGAGGUUUGUGGAGAAGGACCUGGAGGUGUCCAUGGCUGGACGUUCCUUCAUGAUAACAGGAGCCAAUAGUGGCAUUGGGAAAGCUACUGCUAUGACCAUCGCUAAGAAAGGCGGAACGAUCCACAUGGUGUGCAGGAACAAGGACAAGGCCGAGGAGGCGAGGGCUGAUAUUGUGAAGGAGACUGGAAAUAAAGAGGUGUAUGUCCACAUCCUGGACCUGUCUGAGACCAAGAAGGUCUGGGAGUUUGCUGAGGCCUUUAAGAGAAAGUACAAGGCCCUCAAUGUACUGAUCAAUAACGCGGGCGCCAUCAUGAGUCAGAGGGAUACCAACGCUGAAGGGCUUGAGAAGAGCUUCGCCUCCAACGUCCUUGGAGUUUACAUUCUUACCAAGAGUCUGAUUCCCUUGCUCGAGAAGAGUGCCGAUCCCAGAGUGAUCACAGUGUCAUCAGGGGGAAUGUUGGUGCAGAAGCUCAGGACGGGAAACCUGCAGUCUGAGAGAGGCCGCUAUGACGGCACCAUGGUCUACGCCCAGCACAAAAGGCAGCAGGUGGUGAUGACAGAGCAGCUGGCAAAGACUCACACUAACAUCCACUUCUCCGUCAUGCAUCCAGGCUGGGUUGACACUCCAGCGGUGGCCAAUGCCAUGCCAGACUUCCAUCAAUCUAUGAAGGACAGUCUGCGGACCCCAGAGCAGGGGGCUGACACAGUGAUUUGGCUGGCUGUCUCUGAGGCUGCAACUACAAACCCCAGCGGGCGUUUCUACCAGGACCGAAAGAUGGUGUCCACCCACCUGCCGCUUGCCUGGACCCACAGCUCUGCCCUGGAGGAGCAGAAGUUACUGUCUGUGCUGGAGGACUUGGCCAAGACAUUUCAGCCACACUGAGGCAGCAGGAACUGGUUACCAGUACAGCAACAACACUAACAGCAUCUGUUCACACUGACCAAGGCUGGGCUCAGUAUUUUAUCCCUCCUGAUACAAUACACUCCAGGAGAGGGAAUAUUUCGAGGUCCAUUUUUAUCCAAAGCAUUUGGAGUGUUAACUCUACCUGUGGUCACUGGCUCGGAAAAAAGUAUGAAGAUAUACUGUGAAAUCCAGCCUUACAAUGCCAGAUUAAACUCAGCUAUAACAGAGGGAUGAGCCAGAUUUGCAAUGCUUUAUAACUAUUUAUAUAACACAUUUUCAUAUUUAACUUUAUAAGGAUUAACAUGUGAUUGUUAGAGUGUUUGAUAGUGAUGGUGCUUUCAAAUGAGUUUUCAAAGGAUUUUAUCUUGCUGAUAGAGAGAGCACCUUCACAAACCACACAAACGCGCACACACAACCACGUCUGUUACUGUGACUUUAUGAAAGUUGUCAAUCAGAUGGGAAUCUGAUGUGACCAAAGUCACUCACACACCCUAUGUUAUUAAUUCACAACACCAGCUAUGGGUUCAACCUCUCGUCUUGACGACUUGCAAACGUGCAAUGUGAUGUGUAUUUAAUAGCUAUGUAAGUAACUUGUGUAUUUGCUUUACUGUAUUGCAGCUUCUGUACUGUGCAGGUUGAGCUCAAGCUGGAGUUGAGGUGCUCUCUUUACUAGCCGUGUGCCUUUUUAAUUCACCACACAACAGCAUCACUUGACGCGCAAUAAACUUAUUGAAUUAAUGACUCAGUAAUAUCUGCCAGCACCUUUAAAAAUUCCUUUUACUGACUAAGUUUACCUUGUAAAUGUCUGCUUAAAUAAAGAGUAUUACUGAUUUUUU